AUGAAGCGCGUUUUGCGUUUUGCUUUGGUAUUUUUGUCAAUAUUGGGUAUGGUGCUUGAUGGGGCACAUUUUCGUGGUGGUAUUAUUUCAUGGCGUCCGUUAAACAAUACAGUAACAGGCAGUACUGCGCAAAUUCAAAUACAUCAAAGGUAUUUUUGGAAUCGAGAAUGGAGCAGUUUUCCUACCCCUUAUUGCACGGAAGCGAAUGUUGCUGCUCAAACAGUUAUUAAUGUCGGUUCUUAUAUGACCUGUUUAGCAAACUGCUCAGGUACUUCCUAUACUCAACUUUCAACCAAUAUGAUAACUACAGAUUGCGAUUCAAAUCCGAUUAUUGAGUCAUGGGCUGGCGAACACUACGAUGUUGAAAUAUUGCCUCUGACAACAUCAAUUACAAUUGGUUUUCAAUCAAGUGCAUGGUUUGCUUCACUCUAUAUUGGUGCUAAUGAUCCCUGGUCUAUUGUCAAUCGAUUGAAUUGUGCUCCGAGACCUGAUGGUUUACUUAAUUCCAGUCCUGUUACAACUACAUUACCAGUAGUAUUUUAUCCAAGAAAUACACGAGUAACUCAUGUUGUACAAAUGGCAGAUAAUGAUGCUACUGAUUAUUUGGUAUGUCGUUGGUCCAACUCGGCUUCUGGAACCAAUUACAAUCGUGUUGAUGAAUGUUCAGGUGUCUGCAGUGGACUACCCCCUGGAACUAUACUCACCGGAGUCAAUUGUACGUUGAGUUUCACUCUACCAACUGCUAAUCUCUAUUAUGGUUGUGCACUGCAAAUCGAAGAUUUUUUUAGCUCUAGUUACGCGAAUCCAAUGAGCUCAGUUCCGAUACAAUUCUUAUUUUAUUGCUAUACAGCUGCAGCUGGUGCAUGUGCAACUGCUCCUUCAAUUAUUGGUGUUCGUCCAAAUAGAGCUUGCAUUGGUGUUCCAGUUGGUGUUCAGCUCAAUGAAACCAUAGAGAUACAAACAUACUGUCCUGGUCAAACAAUCGUUGAUCUUGUCACUAGUUCACCUACUGGAAUGACACAUAGUGCUAUUAGCAAUCCAAGUCCUAAUUUAUGGAUAAUGACAUUAACAUGGACACCCAUAGCAUCACAAGACGGUCCUCAAGGUUUUUGUGCUGGUGCAAUUGACAAUAGUAGUUUACAAUCAGCUCCAUGGUGUAUCACAUAUCUAGUUGGCUAUGACUCACCGAAUUUAAUUCGUCCCACAUUGGUACAAGGAUCAGCAAGUCCAAUAGGUACUGUCUUUUCAAACCAGACACUCUUCUCCAUACAAGCAACAAGUGCAGUUGGUCGUCCUUCUCUCAAUGGAACAAACAUCUGUUUUCACUUGGACACUACAAAUGCAUCAGUUCUAUGUUAUGAUGCUGGAUAUUCUCCAAAUGUUAUUUAUACUGGAUAUACAAUUGUAAUUGUUACAACUAUAACAUGGACACCUGGUCAAUCAUAUUAUGUAACAAUGGAUAAUGGAUUUGCUAGUGGAAGUGUCUUUUGUCAUGCUGAAUCAUUAGCCAUUACUGAUAAAACGUUUUGGCGAUUCGAUAUCUGGGAUCCAGCACUUUCGAGUACAACUACAACAACCACUACUCCACCAACAACUCAUACAGUUACAAGCCUAGGAACAACUACUACUUCCAUCAAUACUGCAUGUACAACAAGUGGAAUAGUAGUAACUAGUACGAAUGCUUCUACAACUACAACAACUAUCACUACUACACCCCCAACUACAGCUGCUCCAACAACAGCAGGCCCGACUACCACAGGCGCAACAACUGAAUCAACUAUUCCUGUUUUUUAUCCACUAGAUUUCGAAAAUGCAUGUAAACAACCAGUUGCAAUUAUGUCAGCUGUUAUGAUGGUUGCUUUUAUGCCUGUACAAACUCUGGUAAUGUAUGCUGCUUUUACAAAGUUCACGAAUAUGUUCAAACCAUCAAACACCGCUGCAAAAGCAAGACAUCAACAACGAAUGAAAAAUAUUCUUCGACGUUAA